AUGACAUCCAAAGACUCACCAAUCCUCAUCGUCGGCGCAGGCGUCUUCGGCCUCUCCCUCGCCUACGAACUCACAAAAAACCGCGGCUAUACCUCCGUCACAGUCUUAGACCGCUUCCUCCCCCCCGUGCCAGACGGCAGCUCCGUCGACGUCUCGCGCAUCAUCCGCACAGAGUACGCAGACCCGCACUACGCCGCCCUCGCCACGGACGCCCUCCGCGGCUGGCAGACGUCGGAGCUGUUCGGCCCGCACUACCACGAGGCCGGCUUCGUCAUGAUGGCCGACGAGCGUGAGGGGCCGAGCGCCUACUUUGACAAGUUCCGCAAGUGGGAGAGCGGCGGGCGGCCGGCCAAGGACGAUUUCACGGCCACGUUGAAUGCUGUGGGCGGGUGGGCUGAUGCGGCGGGUGCGAUUCGGGCGCUCGCGGGGCAGUGUACGCUUGCGGGUGUGUCGUUUGUUACGGGGCGGCAUGGGACUGUUGUUUCACUUGAAAGGUCCGGGAAGAUGAUCACGGGUGUGAGGACGGCGGCGGGAACGACGUUGUCGGGGGAGAAGAUUGUUCUUGCGACGGGGGCGUGGACGAACCGGAUUAUUCCUGGCAUGGGACACGCCAUGUCUGCUUCGGGGCAGCCUGUGGGCUUCAUUCAGCUUUCGGCUGAGGAGGCGGAGAGGGUGAAGGAUAUGCCUGUCAUGAUCAACAUGACUACGGGUGUGUUCUGCUUCCCGCCGACGCCGGGCACGAACUUGUUGAAGCUUGCGAGGCAUGGGUGGGGGUUUGCGACCGAGGUCGAGGUCGAGGAGGGCGGGGCUGGGAAGAGGACGAUUUCGACGCCGCGGUUGAAGGAGAGUAACGCUGCGUCUGGGUAUCUGCCGCAGGAUGCGGAUGAGGAUUUGAGGGAGGGCGUGAGGCUGUUCUUUCCCGAGUUUGCGGAGAGGGAAUGGUGUUACAAGAGGAUGUGCUGGUAUACCGAUACCCCCGAGGGAGACUUCAUCGCGGACUAUCACCCUGAUUUCGAGGGCUUGUUCUUUGCGACUGGUGGUGCUGGACAUGCUUUCAAGUUCCUCCCGGCCAUUGGACCACAGGUUGCUGAUAGCUUCGAGCGUAAGCCGUCUACGACCUUGCGGGAGAAGUGGAGGCUGAAGCGGCCCACGAGUAGCGAGGUGCCGUUCAGGUUCUCGGGAGAUGGAAGUCGUGCUGGACCGGUGCUGCGGAAGCUUUCGAUGCAGGAGCAGUCGAAGUUGUGA